AUGUAUUAUCAAGCACCUACUCCUAUGAUGCCACUUGCUCAUGCUAUGAAUAAUCCAAUCUAAGUUUAAUAAGCAGCUAAUAUACGUAAACCUGAUUUCCCACCAGAUGUAUGUAUUCUAUUUUAAUCUAAAGAUGUAACCAAUCUUUGUCAUUCCAUAAAUUGCUCAUAUAAGAUCUUAAUUAAAACCAAAAUGUAGACCUUAUGAUCCAAUUUUAAGUGUUGGAAGAAAAGCAGAAUGGAUGUUAGAUAAAUUUGAAGAUGAAUAUGAGUAGAUGGAAAGGGAAGAAAGAGAAAAAGGUAAGAUUAAUAAUGAUUAUGUAGAUAUUGUAAAACCAUCAAAGAUACCUAUUAAAAUUUAAAAGAAAUUAGAAUAAUAGAAAUAACAUGGGGAGUAAGUGAAGAUGCGAUUGUAAAAAUGGAAUCCAUUUGAAGAUGGAAAUAUUACAUCUGACCCAUAUAAAACAUUAUUUGUUGGAAGAUUAAAUUUUGUAACAACAGAUAAGAAAUUACGUAAAGAAUUUGAAGAAUAUGGUCCAAUAAAAUCAGUAAGAAUAGUUCGAGAUUAAAUAAAUGAUAAAGCUAGAGGCUAUGCAUUCAUUGGUAAGUAGGUGAUCAUAAAUAAAAGAGUAUGAAAGUAAGAACAGUGUAAAAUCAGCAUAUAAAUAUGCAGUAGAUAAGCGUAUUGAUGGUCGUAAAGUGAUUGUAGAUAUAGAGAGAGGUAGAACAAUUCUUAAAUGGAGACCACGUUAUUUGGGAGGUGGAUUAGGAGAAUUGAGAAGAUCAAAGAGUGAAGAAGUAUAAAAGAAGACUAAAGAUGAAUAACUAGAGAAGGAUGAAGAAGAUAAAAGACGUAAAAAUAAAAAAGGUUGUUUCAUAUAUCUAUUUCAUUAUUUAUAGAUGAAGGAAAAGUAUCGAAAAAACAAAGAUCUCGAUCUAAGAGUGCUAAAAAACAUAAGAAGAGAGACGAGAGUGAAUUUAAGAAGAACAAAAAGAGAGAAAAAUCUAAAAAGAAACAUAAAUGAGUGAUCAUCAUCAUGAAUAACACAAAAAAAGGUAAAUUUAUUUAUGGU